AUGGCGGUCUCCCAGUCCGACCGUGGAUAUCAACUCGGCGUGGAUGUUGGUGGCACAUUCACUGACGUGUAUGUUCUCACCCCACAUGGCCACACCGUGCGGGCAAAGGUCCCCACCACCAUCCCCGACCAGAGUAUUGGCAUCCAAAACGGCAUCGUGAAAGCUCGCAAAUACCUCAAAGACCAGUUCGACUGGACAGGAAAGUUUCAGUUUAUUCACCAUGGCACCACUACCGCGACAAACGCGGUUCUGGAAGGGAAAGGCGCCCGCACCGCCCUCGUGGUGACCGCAGGCCACAAAGAUAUCCUCGCGCUGCGUCGCUCUCAGAUUCCAGGGGGCCUAGGGGCAUGGCUACACUGGACACCUCCAGAGCCUAUUGUGCCCCUCGAGCGGGUCGUCCAGUGCAAAGAGCGGAUGUCGGUGCGGGGCGAACCUGUCCAGGCUGUUGACAUUGCCGAUUUGCGGCGAGGCCUGCGUGAGCUCGCUCACCAGAAGCCCGAGGCGGUGGCUAUUUCGCUCUUGAACUCCUACAGCAAUGACUCCCAUGAGAGACUGGUGAAACAAACCAUUCGCGAGGAACUUGGCGCCGAUGUAGCCAUUACCUGCUCUGCCGACGUGUUACGUGAGGUGGGCGAGUACGAGCGAACGGUGACGACGUGUACGAAUACACUAGUCAAGCCCGUGGUACAGAGGUAUUUGCAGAAUCUGUCCGACAAACUUGGUGCAGAGAGCGAGAAUAUUCGAGUGCUGAAGAGUGACGGGGGCUUGACCAGCCUGGCUCUUGCCGCGGAACUCCCCGUGAAUAUUUUGAUGUCGGGCCCAGCUGGAGGCGUGAAGGGAGUGGCGGAUGUCGUUGCUCGGAGCACCCCAUACAAAAACUUGAUUACUUUGGAUAUGGGCGGAACUUCAACUGAUUGCGCGUUGAUCUGCGAUGGCCAGCCUCGGUUGAGAAGAGAGACAGUGGUCGGCGACUUGUCCGUGCGCGCUCCAGCAGUGGACAUCAAGACCGUCGGUGCAGGCGGAGGGUCUAUCACAACAUAUAUGGAGCUCACGGAAACCCUCCGAGUAGGACCUGAAAGUGCGGGUGCAAUGCCGGGGCCCGCAUGCUAUGGAAACGGUGGGCGACAAGCGACUGUGACGGAUGCAAACCUGGUGUUGGGAUAUCUACCCAAGACCCUGCUGGGUGGCGAUUUCGCUCUGGAUAUUAAUGCAGCCAUUGCGGCUGUAGAGGACAUUGCUUCACAGAUGAACCUCCCCGUCACUCAGACAGCCGAGGACAUUAUCACCAUCAUCAACGAAACCAUGUAUGGGGCCUUGCGCCUUGUGUCUGUCGAACAGGGGUAUGACCCACGCGAGUUUGCACUCGUGGCCUUUGGAGGAGCCGGGCCUCUUCAUGCAAACGCCGUUGGUCAGCUUCUAGGAGCGUGGCCUGUCAUUAUCCCUCCUUCCCCUGGUAUUCUGUGUGCUCAGGGUGAUGUGACUACUAAGCUGCGCCAUGAACAAUCGGCUAGCUUCAUCCGCCUCGCCUCGGGGACCACCAUUGAGGAGGUCCGAGGGCAGUAUAACUCACUAGAGAAACAAGGUCGAGACACACUUUGGAAAUCAUGCGGGGAAUCCUGGCCGGUGGCAUGGAAGGCAGACUACCAGGCAGAUCUCCGCUACAAGGGACAGGCCCUUACUAUCACCGUCGACCUCACGGCAGAUGAACUAGCAUUGGAGACUGUUGAGUGGCAUCGCUUGCUGCGAGAGAAGUUUGAUCAGCAGCACCAGCAACUGUUCACCUACUGCCUCCCUGAUUUUGAGCUGGAGUUGAUGCGACUGGGAGUGGUUCUCGAGGAUGCGUCUCCAAGCGUUGAUUUUCCUGAAGUCACCCGGGCAGCGAGUAACGAACCGCCUGCUGAGGCAAGAAUCGGAGAGCAGACCAUUACUGUAGCAGGAAAAGAGCAAACGGCAACUCUGUGGGACCGUCAGAAAAUCACCAAGCAGGGGACUUGCAUGUUGGGACCAUGUAUCAUCUCAGAGAUGGACAGCAACACACUCAUCCUGCCUGGGUACUUUGGCGAGAUCGACAACAUUGGAAAUAUAUUGAUCAAUCCACUCGACAAGAAGCCGGCUGUGCCGACCAAUCACACCACUGAGUCGGCCAGGGAUCUUGUCAAGAGCAGUCCGUUAGUCCCAACACUGAUAUCGGCCACUCUGGCCUCUAUUCGUGGGGAGAUGGACCAGAUGAUGUUGCGCUGCAGUAUGUCUCCCGCAAUUCGAGAACAGCAAGAUGAAUUUAAUGUCAUCACCGAUGCGAGUGGAAAGAUGUUGGUUGGCCAAUUCGGCAGUUUCAUCACUGAGUUCCUGAACAUCUGGCACGGAACCAUUGAGGAGGGUGAUGUGUUUAUUACAAACGACACCUACCAAGUUCAGGGGGCCAUCAGCCAUCUGAACGACGUAAUCGUCUUUCUUCCCAUCUUUCACGAGCAUCGCCUCAUUGGAUACGCCUCUCAGUUUGGACACCUGACUGAUGUUGGAGGUACUGUUCCCGGAAGCAUGUCAAUCAAUGCCACCUCGGUGUUCGAGGACGGCGUGCAAAUUCCCUGCAUCAAGCUGUACUCCAAGGGUGUGAUGAACUCCGACCUGGUGGAUCUUCUGUGUCGCAAUUCCCGCCAGCCUGCAUGGUAUCGAUCCGAUCUGACUGCAAUUGUGGCAGCAUGCUCCAUGGCAGCAACUCGCGUGCGAGAACUGGCUACCCGCUUCGGCACCGAAGUCUACCUAGCCUCCUGCGAUGAGUUGCUCUACCGGAACUGGUCCGGGUUCAGAAAGAUUGUUGAGCGACAGUUCGACGAUAAGGACAGCACAUUCACGGACUUUGUGGAUGAUGAUGGUCACGGCGUAGGACCCUGGGCUCUGCAGUGUUGCAUGAAAAAGAUUGACGGCCACCGGCUGCUAUUUGACUGGAGUGGUACCUCUCCCCAGAGCGAACACGGCAUCAAUUUCUUCCUGUCGGAGACUAUGUUCAAAAUGUUCAUCGGGUUUUACCUGGUCGCCGCCGCCGCCCCCGGAACGGUCAUCAACGAUGGUUUCCACGAUUUGAUCGAUGUAUAUAUCCCCGAGGGUUCAGUGCUCAAGCCCGUUCGACCUGCCCCUAUCUCCUGCCGAACUCACUUUCUCGGACGCACUUUGGACAUCGUACAGGCUCUCAUCGGACAAAAGAAUGAGGCAUAUCAGGCAGCCGCCGGCUUCAGCGACUCCCCUCACUUCUUCUAUUCCGGUUUCACGCCCGACGGCGAGUGGUACCAGCUAUAUCAGAUUGGAUUUGGUGGUGUCCCCGCCCGACAAGCAGGUGAUGGACCCGAUUGUCACUGCCUCUUCCCGGCGAUCAAGUCCAUCCCCACUGAGAGCAUUGAGCUCAAUUACCCCUUGCGCAUCGAGGUCAACGAGAGUGUCGCAGAUAGCGGUGGACCUGGCUACUACCGUGGUGGCAAUGCACAGCGCACCCGUUACCGGUUCUUGGCCAGGGGUGAAUUCAGUCUGCAUGACGAUCGCUGGUUCACGAAGCCGUGGGGCCUGAAGGGAGGACAACCUGGUCAGCGGUCUCGCAAAAUUCUGUACCGGUACUCGAAGUCUGCCGAGAGUCCGCCCACCGAGGUUCUACCGUCCAAAUGCGAUCACAUUCGCAUCGACCCCGGGGAUGUUCUCGAAUGGGUGACGUGGGGUGGAGGCGGAUUGGGCGAUCCACUGACCCGACCCACUGAGAAGGUCGCGCUGGAAGUCUCCCGGAAGCUGGUGACAAUGGACGGGGCACGUCGAGGAUAUGGAGUCGUCGUGAAACGCAACUUCACGGUGGAUACGGAGGAAACUGAGAAACUGCGAGCACGGAUGCACAUGGAGCGUGCUCAACUGGGUGAUGCUCCUAUUUAUGACCGUGGUGGCAGCAUCGAGGCUCUGCGGGAGACAUGUUUGCAAGAGACGGGGCUGAGUGCUCCUCUGCCUCAGUGGGAAACGGAUGUAUAUGGUCCUCACGCAGGGCUCGAGUACGUGAAAAGGUGGUAUGCCGAAAUGAAGGUUCAGAAUGGUUGGAAACUCAGUUGA